GGAGGACCUUGGGAGGAAGAGGGCUGCUGCUGCUCCGCUCGCUUGCCUGCCUUGCCUGGACCAGGUUCAGGCGACCCCCCCGCGGCGGCACUCUCGGCCGGCCUCCUCCUCCUCCCCCCCUCCCUCCUCGACUACUCCUUUUGUCUCCUCCGCUCGUUUCGCAAGCAGGGCUUCGUCGGGAAAGCGGAGCGCCGCUGUCCCAAGCCAAUGGCCGCCUGCCUGCCUCUCUCCCCCCCCUCCUCUCCCCCUUUCUCCCCCUUCCGAAAUCCUUUCUUCCUUUCUCUCCUCCUCUCCUUUUCCUACCGGCAGAGAAGACGGGGGGGCGACUACUCUGCUCAGCACCCCCCGCCCCAAAAAGGCAGAUCGUAGACACACACCCCCACACACACACCCCCCGCGCGCAGGUGGCUCUGUCCCUGCCCCACACAUACUGCAGCAAUGCCCUGUGGCGUGGCCUUGCUUUUGGUGGCUGCAACAUGGACUGUGGCAUCCUCUGCGGACGGCUGCAAUAAGGCCCUCUGUGCCAGCGACGUCAGUAAGUGCCUGCUGCAGGAAGUGUGCCAGUGUGAAGCCAACCGUGCCGGCUGUCCAUGCUGCCAGGAGUGCGCCUUCUGCCUGGGCAACCUUUGGGAGUCUUGCUGUGAAUGUGUGGGGCUGUGUGACGAACGCCCCCCCUCGGCCCCCCGCCCUGCGCUGCGCAGCUCCAUGCACAACCUGAUGUCACCCGUACCCUCACUCUUCCGGGCGCUCAUGGCCAUCUCCGACAACGACCCCCCCAUGGGCUGGAGCAUCCUGACCCUGUCGGCGGAGGAGGAGCUGAGACAGAAUCACGCAGACACAGGCCACCUCUUGCUGGGACCACACACAGACUUGGCCGCCCCAGAUGCCGAGGCCCUCAACGCUACAGCGCCGCCCUGCCAGUCCAUUUUCUUCAACGAGUGCCUGUCCAUGAGCCGAUGCCGGAUGGCUUGCCAGUCGGUCGGGGCCUGGCGCUACCGCUGGUUUCACAACGCCUGCUGCCAGUGCCUGGGGCCUGACUGCCAGGGUUACGGAGGUGCGCGUGCACAAUGUUCCAGCUGCCGGGAGUGACAAGCUGGCUCUCUCUCCCCCACAUGCAUAAACGCCCUGCCCUGGACUACACCUCCCGCCCCACUCUCACUCUGCCUUUCUGUCUUCCUGCUCCCCCUCCUCACUUUAACUCUGCUCAGCGAGCACAAGGGCCUUAAACGCUGAGGGUCUGUUCAUGGAGGCUCUGGAUAUGUGGGCACAACCACCUCACUCCCUAUCCUCUGUGUGGGUCAACAAGGAACCCCACACACCCUGGCUGUGGCUGAUUCGCCUCCUCCCUCCACCCCAGGUUAUCCUGCCUGCUGUGUGCCCCUUCCUCAUCUUCCUUGUACAUAGGAGGACAGGAAGCUGCCAUACCGAGUCAGAUCAUUGAUCUCUCUAGUUCAGUCCUACUCUGACUGGCAGUGGCUCUCCAAGGUCUCAGGCAGAGGUCUCUCCCAGCCCUACCUGGAGAAGCUGCCAGGGAUUGAACCUGAGAUCACAUGCAGAUGCUCUGCCUCUGAGGUAAAGACCCAUGCUUCCUUGUAGCACAAGCCUUCUGACUUUCUGCCCUGCUCAGGGGCGUAGCAAGGUUGUAGUGGGCCCAGAGACAAGAUUUUAAAAUGCCCCUCCUCACUGAAGCUCAGCUCAUGAAGUAAAGGAAUCUUAAAUGAGGCUGAAUAGUGGUAACAAAAAGCAUAGUGUGAGAUAUACAGAUAUAGAUACACACACACACAACCUAUGUGCCACAAUAGAACAUCAUCCUAAAUUUUUUUUUAAAGGUUUUGUAAAUUGUGGAUGAUGCAAAUCAUUUAAUGGUGCUAAAGAAAGACAUGCUGUUCUGGUAGCUCCAGGUCUUAACACUCACAUCAAUUUCGGAGGAUGAAUAGAACUGAAGGAAGCCUGGGUGGGUGCGCGGCUGGGGGAGUCAGUCAUGGGACUUGCCUCUGGGGGCCCCCCAAGGCAGUGGGCCCCCAGACAACUGCCCUGUUAUAGUUACACCCCUGCCCCUGCUGCUCCCUUCUAAGGCACCCCAGGAAGAGAAAUUGCCUUCCAGUUGCUCCGCAACCAUAGUACUAUUCACCGACAGUGGCCAUGCAGUAAAGCAGAACCCCUUCUUGAACGUUCCUUCAUCCCUGAACUUUCCAAACUCCCCCAACCUGUUGCUUUAUGGACCUGGAUAUAAAUGCUGUAGGGUUGUUGGUUUUUGCCAUGUAAGCCUAAUCAUAAUAAACAAUCUUUUAAACUA